UUUUCAUCAUGCGAAGCAGAUGGUGACAUGGGGAACCGGUGGGCGGAGACUCCUACAUACCGCUACAAAUUCACAUCUGGACCAUCUGCACUCACCUCAUCUCCUUGUUUGCGACUGUCCCAAGAAAAUAAGAUGACAACCUACACUGACAAAGGUGAAAAGCAUGAGGAGGGCAGAUUUGUUUGCUUUGACCACAUCACUUUCUGGGUUGGAAAUGCCAAGCAGGCAGCAUCGUAUUACUGUAAUAAACUGGGUUUUGAACCCGUGGCGUAUUGUGGGCUGGAGACAGGCAGCCGUGACGUUGUGUCUCACGUGGUGAAACAGGGGAAGAUUAUUUAUGUCUUCACAUCUGCCUUAAAUCCUGGCAAUAAAGAGAUGGGCGAGCACCUGGUGAAGCAUGGAGAUGGUGUUAAAGAUGUAGCUUUCACUGUAGAGAACUGUGACUACCUGGUGGAGAAAGCGAUAGAGCGGGGUGCCAUUAUUAUUAAGAAGCCCCAUGUUGUGGAGGAUAAGUUUGGCAGAGUGAAACUGGCAGUGUUGCAGACAUAUGGGGAUACCACUCACACUUUUGUCGAGAGGGCAGAGUAUAAUGGACUCUUCCUGCCUGGAUUCCACCCACCUCUGUUCUGUGACCCCUUCCUGGUGAAACUGCCAAGCGGCAAACUUGACUUCAUUGAUCAUGUGGUUGGAAACCAGCCAGACAAUGAGAUGGUGCCAAUAGUGGAAUGGUAUCAGAGGAACCUGCUGUUCCAUAGAUUCUGGUCUGUGGAUGACAAGCAGUUACAGACUGAAUACAGUGCACUGCGCUCUAUAGUGGUGGCCAACUAUGAAGAGACUGUUAAGAUGCCAAUCAAUGAACCGGCCACGGGAAAGCGCAAGUCUCAGAUACAGGAAUAUGUGGAGUACUAUGGUGGCGCAGGGGUUCAACACAUCGCCAUGAACACCUCUGACAUCAUUUCAGCAAUUCGCAACCUAAAGGAACGUGGAAUGGAGUUUAUGUCUGUUCCUGACACUUACUACCAGCAGCUCAAAAAGGAGCUAAAGCACUCCAAGGUCAAAAUUGCAGAAGAUAUAAGCAUACUGGAGGAACUUAAAAUCUUGGUGGAUUAUGAUGACAAUGGCUACCUGCUCCAGAUCUUCACCAAACCAGUACAGGACAGACCCACUGUGUUUCUAGAGGUCAUCCAGAGACACAACCAUCAAGGGUUUGGUGCUGGAAAUUUCAAAUCUCUUUUUGAGGCAAUUGAAGCUGACCAGAAUGCCAGAGGAAAUCUCACCAUCCUCACUGCUAAUGGCACAUCAGAAAAACUCUAAAAUGCUUUCCCUUACUUUACACUUUGAACAGGAAAAAUAUGUGUUAAACAUGUCUUUCGAAAAUUAACCAUCGUUUUACUAGAGUUAAAACAAAAAACAAACAUGAUUUGUAGUCCCAUAGCACAGGUUCGUCUAUAAGAUGUCUGCUAAAGAUCGGGAGAUCUGGAAAACAUUGGCUGUGUAAAAAUAUCUGAUAAACGGCUUAGAAAAGAAAGUCUUACACACAACCCAAUUUCAUAAACGUCUUUCAGACAUCUUAUUAAAUGUCUUUCUGACAUCUGACAGUCGACGUCUCAGAGAUGUAUUGCAGACGAGCUAACUUAAAAAAAAAAUAGGCACAUGUCUUGCAGAUGUAAAUGCAGACAUCAAAUAGACGUCCCCCAGACGUAGGCCUAUGUGUGCUAUCAAGGUUAAUUUUCAUAAGGGCAUGUAAGGAUAAAAAAUGUACAAUGUUACUUAUUUUCAAUGGCUUUCAAACUCCAAAAGCCGUUUGUAUAAGAAGCAAUGUGCCAUAAAUUGUAACCAGUACAAAUAAACAGUUAUAAUGUGACAAAUGUCUGCUUUUAGCUUAUCGUUUAAAUGAAACCCCGUCAUUGUAACAUACUUUUAAGUUUUUCAGGGUGGCAUUUUUAAACUUGGCAUAAGAUAAGUACGUAAGGUGUUUUUCCUUUUGUAAUCGUUAUGUAAUUGUUUCCGUUUACAUUAAAGCAGUGGUAGAUUUUUUAUAAGAAAUUACAGUGAGGCUGUUA